AUGGAAGAAAUCAUUCAGGAAGAUGUGUAUAAUAAGCAAAAGAGUGAAGAUUUGUCUGAUACAAGUAAAGAGGAGCAAGAGAUGUGGAAGAUUUUGACAAAACUAGAGUUAGACUCGGCUUAUAUUAGCGAAAAACUGAUGAAUCUACAUGUUCUACUUAUGCACCUUUUGGCUUGGGAUAAUGAUCUUGAAGGGAUGGGGACACUUGAUUCUUCUGCAGCAUCUUUCGAAAAAGCUUUGGCGUUUGAUUUGUUAUGUGGUAUAUUGGAGUCUGAGUUAAAGGAAGUGGACGAGGUUUUGGAUGAGCUCGAAGCUCAAAUUGUUGACACUUCUUAUAAGAUAUCUACUUGCAAACAAGAAAAUCAUAUAGUUAUGGAAGGAAAUUUGGGUGACUCUGCAGAAUCAUUGAAGCAGUCUAGGGGACAAGUCUCAGAGAUCACUUUGCAAUUAGCUCAACUCCGAAGAACACUUCAUUACAUAAGAAAUGGAACAAGUGAAAACGAGGAGUCAUUGGAGUUUUCAGGAAGCAGUCAAGAUUUAAGGCAGAAAUACGCGCUGAAACCAUCGGAUUUAAGACAUAAAAAUGCUCUGCGGAUGCUGGAGAAGUCAUUGUCAAGAGAGCUAGAGCUUGAGAAGAAGUUAAUGGAGUUUCAGCAAAAUGAAGAACAACUCAAACUCAAGCUACACUACACAGAGGAGGUAUCUUCUAGGAUGGAAGAAGCAUCGGAGUUUAUAUGGGGACGGUUUCUAGAGGCAGAAAAUUCUUCUGAAGUGCUUAUGGGUAUUUCAAAGGAACUUGUUGGUCGUCUUCAGAUUCUCCACUUUAGUCAGAAUGGAUCAGGCCAACGCGAAUCAGAACUUAAGUCUAAGCUUGAAGAUUGCAUUGUACAACUCGAAGCCAAAGAUGUUCAGUUGCAAAAGCUUGAGGGAAAGAUUGCAGAAAAUAGAGAGAUAGUUUCAGAAGUACUUACUUUGAGGGAAAAUGUGAAGUCAGCUGAACAAAAACUGAAAAAUACAGAGCUUGAGCUGAAAAGUGUCAAUGCAGCUAAACAAGAAAUUCUUGUACAUCUAGCUGAAAUGGAAAAUGCAAAUGAGUCGGUCAAAGAAAACCUUUUUGAGGCUGAAAGUAGAGCUGAGAGUGGAGAAAAUAAGAUUAAGGAGUUAACUGCAGCAAAUCUUGAACUUACCGAAGAACUAAAUUUUCUCAAAGAUGCCGAUGAUAAAAAGACAAAGAAGGUGAACACGCUCGAGAAGCAACUCAGGGAAUUAGAAUUUCAAUUACAAAACUCCAAGGUAUCAUCAGAAGCAAGUCAAGAACAGCAGAACAUGUUGUAUUCAGCUAUAUGGGACAUGGAGACAUUAAUCGAAGAUCUCAAAUCGAAAGCCUCAAAAGCUGAGAGUAGAACGGAGACAGUUGAGGAGCAAUGCAUUUUGCUUUCUACCACCAACUCUGUACUUACCAAAGAAGUGACAUUUUUCAGGCAAAGAGUCAAAUCCUUGGAAGCAUCGUUGGAUCUAGCUAACGAUGAAAAAGAGAAAUAUGCACAAGAAAUAACUGCGAGGAACAAGCUUUUGAUGGAUAUGGUGAUGCAAUUAUCUAGUGAAAGAGAACGUAUACAAGAACAGCUAUAUUCUUUGGCGAAGGAAAACGAAAAACUGAGAGUGAACCAAUGCUCUGAGGGAAAUGGACCUUAUGUUGGGGACAAAGAGCUGUCUUUUCACUCAUCAUUAGCUGAGGCAGCAAUGUAUCUCAAGUUGUUGGUUUAUUUCCCUCCACAAAAACAAAAUAAAAUACAAGAGGAUAAGAGAACAAGGGAAGAACCAGAAACUGAUGUUGAACCGGAGGACUGUUCUACGACUGAAAAAUUUAGCAUGAACAAGGAAAUUAGAAGGGGAAGCAACUUGAGAUGCAUACCAGUUUUGGCAGUUGCUUUUGUGCUGUUUCUUUCAUUCUUUGCUUUGGCUUUUGUUAAAGAAAAAAAGUCUUCAAUUUGA